AUGACCGAAGCAGCGCUCACAUCGUCGACAAACGACAAAUCUAUAACAGAUUUUGAGUCUACAACUGGUCUUCAAACUCCAGACAAGUCAGAUCAACAAACAAGCGAGAGUGACCAACACACGCCUCGUUCAAUGAUAAAUACGCGUUCGCCUUACACAAACAAUUCAAAUGGAACACGAUCGCCAAAUACAUCUAAAGGGAGUGGAGCGAAUGGCGAGGAGUGGGGUGAUGAAGAUGGUGAUUUUGAAUUAGAAGAUGAUAUUUCUCCUACAUCACAAGCGAGUCGAGAUACUACCAUCAAUACAAAUCUGGAAGUAAAUAAUAAUCUAAGUUCGACUCCAUCGUUUCCGACGCCUCCAGAAACAACUAAUGUUGAAGUUGUUGCACAAAGUGAAACGCCACCAAUACAGGAUGAUGAUACUGCUGGUGUUAAUCAAUUUAAUUCUGUUCAAGUCAACCUCACUACAAAUGAGAGCAAUAUCAGUCAACAGCAGUCAAGUUCACAUCAUGAAGAAUUAAUAACAAAGUUUGGGCGAAAGGUGUCAAAACCAAUUCACUAUUCACCUAAUGCACCAAAACCUAGUCGAGGUUCUAAAGCAACAAAUAAAACAACAAGCAAAUCUACAAAAAAAUCCUCGACUAAAUCAUCGGGAUCAUCGAAACGUCAACGGAGAGAGCCAAGCCCAGUGGUGGCCGAAGAUGUACUGUGUUCCAUAUGCCAAGAAGGCCAAUCGCCUAAGCAUAAUCGUAUAGUUUUGUGUGAUUCAUGUGAUACACCUUUUCAUCAACAAUGUCAUGUACCAAAUAUUGAUGAUUAUGUCACGGAAGUUAGGGAUGCAUCAUGGUAUUGUUUGAAAUGUGAGAAUGAAAGACAAGCAAAUAAAAAGCGAAAAAUUGAAUCGUCAGAAAAUCAACCGUCUACAGGUGAAACUGGGAAAAACUUUACCGAAGAACAGAAAAAACAAUAUUUACAAACACUGUCAUCCGAUACUUUAGUCAAACUUUUAUUAUUCGCGGAAACUUUACAUCCUGAUUUACCUAUUUAUCCGCAUAAUUUCAAAGAUAUAGUUGAUCAACUUUCUCAUCCUGUUCCAGAAGUUGUCAUUGAUUCUACUGAUCAAGCGCGAGCCAUUGAAGCUCAAUCAAAUGUAAAUUUAUCUUCAUCUUUUGGAUCAGUCCCUGCACGUAGUUCAAUAUCACCGACUCCCACACCAAGCGCAUCGACUGUACAGUCAAAUCUUCUUUCACAAUUCUCUCCGGUGCAUGAAAAAUCUUUUUCAAUCCCACGACAUCAUUCUUAUUUGUCCACAACCUCUCAAGAGCAACCUUCAGCAAUGCACGCUCAUCUUCCACCAUCCACCACUCUAAUUCAAGCUCCACAAUCUUCAACCUUCGCUUUUAGUCUUACAACCUUAUCCACUUCGCCAAACACUAUAAGGGCACCACAAUCACUUUUACCUAGUCCUACUACCGCUAAUUUGCCCUCUUACGAGGAAAUGAUUGUUGAAGCAAUAACUGCUAUUGCUGAUCCAAAUGGUGUCCCACCAAAGGCUAUAUUUGACCGAAUGGAGAGUACUUAUCCGUUACACUCUAAAUUCCGCUCUUCAGCAUCUCAGGCGUUACACAAGGCUGUUAAAAAAGGUCGCGUUCUUAAGGUGGGCCUUACUCUCUACAAGUUGAAUUCAGACUAUACCGCUCCAGCAAAGAAUGCACGUCGACUGCAUCGAAAAACUUCAGUGGCGUCGUCUAUAUCUGAUAAUCAUUCGGUUACAUCGGCUAUUUUGCCAAAUUAUAAUGGGUAUGAGCAUAAUAAUGACAAUGAAGUAAUGAGCUCUCCGAAUGCAGCAACAACCACAGAUGAUCCACCAUCUAAUAUGGAUAUUGAGUUAAAUUCGAAUUCAGCAGGUGUUGAUGCUUCGGAGGUACACCAAGAACGAAGCAUAUCGGCUUUUGCCGCAUAUAAUGGGAGCCUUUCUCGGCAACAAACCUUGACGCAACACCCGCCGACUUUGCCACCAUUGAGCUCUGUGGCUGGGACGGCAUAUAUGCCAUUUUCCCCUGGCAAUGGUUACAAUGGUGGUCACGUUGGGGCGUUGCAUUGA